ACUUCGCAGAGCUCUGAGACGCCACACUGAGCUCUGGAAGCUAGCUGUGACGGACAAAAGCCACACACACACACACACACACACUUGGCAUGGAUAGCAAAGUUCUAGCGCUGGUGGCCCUGCUGACGCUCGCCAUAUGGAGUCCAGAGACUGACGCUAAACCCAUCAGUCUGGUGGAGAGAUGUUGGUGCCGGUCCACUCUCAACACCGUCCCGCAGAGGAGCAUCCGUGAGAUUAAGUUCCUCCACACACCCAGCUGCCCGUUCCAAGUCAUUGCCAAGCUGAAGAACAACAGAGAGGUCUGCAUCAACCCCAAGACCAAAUGGCUUCAGCAGUAUCUAAAGAAUGCCAUUAACAAAAUAAAGAAGUCAAAGAAACGUUCAGAGUAAACACAUGAGGAUGUGCGGGGAGGACCACAGUGCAUCUCUGACCUCUAAAGAGGCACACGUCCUCUUCUCUCGCUCUCUUAGAUCACUCUUCCUCUUUCUGGACUGCUUGCACAAACAGCACUUCACCUAAACCUGCCUCUCAAGCACCCAGACAGCCUGCAGCUCACCAAAACCCAACCAAACACCUUCAUCCUGACGCACUGCUACUGCUGGCUGUGACUGUUUACUGGUGCACGAGUGUGUGAGUGAGCGAAUGAAGCGAUUGAACGCGCGAAUGGGAAGGCAAGAAAAAUAUUUACAGGUUUUCCGCAACUUAAAAUGCAGUAAAUAUGAGAGUUUGUGGAUUUGUGUCAUAGCUGUGAAGGACGUUUAACCUUUAGGAUAGUUUGGGAUUAAGAAGGGAUGUAAGCAAGUGAAAAAGAAGCAGAAAGUUAAACCUGCCCCUGUUCAAGCUCACUUUUGCUGUAGUCUCAGUGUUUAAAAGCUCACCAGCGCACAUGAACGAUCUAGCAUGCUAACGCUAGCCCUGUUCCAAAACCUAACGAGUCGCCUACCUGGACACCCGAUGCGAAAACGACAAAACAAACUGCCUUUUAAAAUUUACGUCAGUAUCAGCUGUAUUUAUCGAAUGAAGCGAUCCCAGAAUGCAUUGCGACAAGCUCCAUUCAAAAUCCAAGAUGGCGGACGUGAAAAGCAAAUCAUAAAUAUACUCAUAUUUUAUUCAAUACUAAAUAAAAAGUUAAAAAUUUACUUUUUUCGCCCCUGUAUUUCUAUGUAUUUUUAUUCUUAAAAACUGCGUAAUUAGCUUAGCAACUGUUUGGAAUCGAUUGUGAGAUUAACAUUUUUGGGGAGUGUUUCAAAUCAAUCACUUACAAAGUUUCAUAACGGUUACAGAGCGGCCUUAAGGGUCGGAAAACUUUUAAUGCGUUUUGGCCGUUCAUUUACGCGUCAAUUACGAGUUUUGGAGGCUUGAAAACGCAAACUUUUAAAAAUGGGUUUCAAAGAGCACAUUUUGGAAAACGAUACCGUUAACAAGUCAUGUGUAUGCGUAUUACUUUUUAGUCUAUAGGCGCGUAAUGUAUCUUUACAAAGUGACAUCGCCAACUACUGGCCUGGCAUGAAUAACACAGCGUUUUUAGUCAUUUUCGCAAAUCUGUAAGAAUGGGGAUCGUUUUGAUCGUUUUGUCAUCCGUAUGUAAAAAACGCAAAGGAAAACUUUUCCAUUUUUAGCACAUCAUUGUAAGUGUAGUGCACUUAGCAGUGCACUAUCUAGGCAAGAGAUAAAAGGUUUUGGAACAGAGACACAUUUGACUAAGGGCUGCUACUACAGGAAGCAGAAUCAUAGUUUCCUUCCUUCCUUCCUUUUCCUCUCUGCUACCUGUGUGUAGCGAAUGCCAGACACUGAAAUCCAAGAAAUAUGCCGUUUAGAGCAGAUAUGCUAUACGUUUAAAGGAGGUGUUGUUAAUGCAAUCACGCCAUGGCAGCUUAAAACAUCUGCUCAUGUGUAUAGAGCGACAUUCCAUGACUCAGGCCUUAAUUAACAGCAUUUGCAUACAGAUCUUUACUGUCGAGUGGCCUAAUUUUGUGUCAUACCGGUUGUUACUUGAAACCAACAAGAACAACCAACAUGUAAAUAUUCUCCAGCACUAAAUGGCUGUCAGUAAAUGGGUUGAACAGGGACCAAAACUGAACCGCAUAAAUGCAAGCGAUUUUGUAGACUAAAUUAAUAUUACCUUAUGUAUUCCAUAUGUAUCAUGUUUUGUUUUUAGCCACAAAAUUAAGGGAUAUGACUGUGAUUUUGGUUUCCAUGACAUUAACGCAUUUAUCUAACACACAUUGUUUCUGUUCUGAUAAUGUUUUGACUCAAUUGCCCAAUUGCUGUAACGUUUUUGAGCCACUUUAAAAUAUAAGGAGUUUGUAAUGUAAUGAUUUAUUUUUGUAUUGAUCAAUAUGAAUAAAAACACAACAUACAAUAUGAA